UAAACUCUUGGGUCCAACUCUUGUUUGGGGUUUGAGUAUCUCACACAUGACUUCAGAUGAAUUUGUUCUUGCUAAUCAGCAACUUACCACCCGGAAACCCAUGAAAAGCCUUGGAUAGACUAGCCAUGACCAGAUUUGAAGAGUCCUUCUGGGAACAGAAAGGCUAUGAAGAGCUUCGAAAAUCAUGCCGACAGGGCAGUGACUUUUGCAAGGAGAUUGCCGCUAUUUUCAACGAAAGAUCAAAGAUAGAACUCUCUUAUGCUGAUAGUCUAUCCAAACUGUCUGUAAAAGCCCAGAAACUACUGGCAAAAGAUGUUGUAGGGACAUUGAAAUCAUCAUGGGAAAAGAUAUCAUGGAAUAUUGAAAGUGAAGCAGAUAUUCAUAGAACCCUUGCAAAUCAAUUACAUGGAGAAGCAGCUAAGCAGAUCAAAGCUUUUGUGGAAACACAGUCUAAAACAAGAAAACCAGUAGAAGUUGAAGUUGAAAAGGCUUACAAGAAUUUUUCUGAUAGGUUGUCAGAUUCAUUGAAGAAAAAGGGGGCAAGUCACUCUAAAAGCAAGGAAGUGGAGACCCUACAUGACCAGAUGGAAGACACCAAGCAGGGAAAAGGGAAAGCCGUUUCAGACAAGGAUAUAACCAAGCUUGAGGCUAAAAUCAAGAAAGGCAUGGAAUCAGCAAUCAAAGCAGAUAAAGAUUAUAGGGAGAUGUACAUGAAAACAGAGAGAACACGCUUGGAAUGGGAGGCCACCAUGUCCAAAUAUUGCCAGACAUGUGAAAAGCUUGAGGAAGAGAGAGUGGGCCAUCUUAAAGACAUGUUUUCUCUUUAUGGAAACAUGCUAGCAGCAGUCAUCCCUGAGCUGCAACAGGUGUAUGAGAGCAUACAGCAUGAAGCAUCUCAAAUAUCACCAAAGGAAGACGUCAAUACUAUUGCUGAUGUCAAGGGGUCACCAAGAGGUCCCUCUGACCAGACGUUAUAUGAUUGCUAUGAGGAAGAUUUAGAAAAUAAUUUCAAUUUUGAACGGAGAAAAGAAGCACUCAAUGCUAAAAUUAAGAUUUUAGCAUCUGAACUUGAAAAAGAAAAGAAAGCUAAAACAGGUGUGGUAAAUCUAAUGGACACAUAUUCAGCUACUCCCGAAUACUGUAACCAAGAAACCCAAAAUGAUGUAGCUAUGCAGAUAACCCAUGUCAAUGCAGUGAUUGACAGCUUACAAGCGAGCUCCUACAAACUGCAGUGCUCUUUAGCCAAGCUCACUGGCAACUCACAGCCCCAACAUCCACUGAUGGACUAUAUAACGUCAACCAGAGACAAACAGGGAACUGUGCAAAGCACUCUCCGGAAGCCCCUAGACUUGGUAAAGAGCCCUGGUGGAUAUGAAAGCGACGAUCAAUUAGAUGAUGAGUUUGAUGAUUUCCAACCUGAUGGAACAGUCCUGUGUCAGUGCAAGGCAAUUUAUGACUAUCAAGCAACACAAAGUGAUGAAUUGACGAUACACCCAGGAGACAUUAUCACUGUGACAGCACGACUAGAUAAUGGCUGGUGGCAAGGGGACCUUAAUAAUCAGCAAGGGAUAUUUCCAGCUUCAUAUGUAGAAGAGAUUUGAAGGAGAAGUAUGCGAAUUCUGUUAUUUAGAAACACUCUAGUAUUAAACAGUUUUAAAUUGAAUGAAAUAAUACUACUGGGGUGAAAUUACUUUUGGCCUGCUUGAAGUCAGUGGAUGGUGUCAUCACAGAAAACCUGAUCCAUAGACUUAUCAGCUGACCAAAGGUAUUAAUGCUUUUUGUUGAUUGGAAUAAAUAAUAUUUCAAACAUCAUCCCAAUAAGCCACAUUUGGCAAAAUAACAAGCCAGGAAAAUGUAUUACCUCUCAUUACUAGGUAAAUACUAUGAUGAUGCGGUAGUGAAAUAAUAACAAUCCAUCUUAUAAUGCACAUUAGUCAUUUUAAAAUUGCUGAUGCAAAAACUAAAUAGAUAUUUAAUAUACUGCAAUUGAUAGCACUUGUAUUUUAUACUUUGUGCCUUUAGUAAACACUGUACCAUAAGGGAAUAUAUUUGAGGCUGUAUUUGUAGCAUAUAGUAAUUUUAGCAACCUACCAUGUGCUUUUGAGUUAGGAUGAUAUUUAGGCUUGGUGCAUGAAUUGAAAGUUCUGCACACAGUCAAAUUAUCGGUUCAUGACAUGAGAUACUUUUUUAUAGGGGGAAGAGAAAUUAGAAGUGCCAAGUGAUGGAAUAAAUUGGAAUAAAUGCUAUGUUAGGGUUCAAGCAGGUUUAUCACAUUUAAAAUUAGAGAAUAUAUUCUUGUACAAUUGACGUUAGGAUAAUUACUGGCUCUGGUGAACGGCAGAUUUAAAUAAAAAAAUUGUUGUUA